AUGACUUCCACGCUGGAGCACCAGGAUUCCCCCCAGGCCAACGGGGCCGUGCUGCCCGGGGACUGCCUGGCCAGCCCGGGCUGCGGGCAGCCCGCGGGGCCCGAGCAUUUCCUGCGGCCCGAGGGCACCGGUGUGGACGUGGUGGUGCUGGAGUCCCGUGCCAACGCCAAAGGGGUGAGGGAGGAGGAUGCCCUGCUGGAAAACGGCAGCCAGAGCAACGAGAGCGAUGACACCAGCACGGAGCGGGGCCCUGAGCCCCCCUCGCCCCUGAAGGAGACCUCGUUUUCCAUCGGGCUGCAGGUGCUGUUCCCCUUCCUGCUGGCUGGCUUUGGCACGGUGGCUGCUGGGAUGGUGCUGGACAUCGUGCAGCACUGGGAUGUCUUCAAGCACGUCACUGAGGUGUUCAUCUUGGUCCCUGCUCUGCUGGGGCUGAAGGGGAACCUGGAGAUGACCCUGGCAUCCCGCCUGUCCACAGCUGCUAACAUUGGCCAGAUGGACACCCCCAAAGAGCUCUGGAAGAUGAUUACAGGGAACAUGGCCCUGAUUCAGGUCCAGGCCACCGUGGUUGGCUUCCUGGCCUCGAUUGCAGCUGUGGUGUUUGGGUGGAUCCCAGAUGGGCACUUCAGCAUGGACCACGCUGUGCUGCUGUGUGCCAGCAGCGUGGCCACUGCCUUCAUUGCCUCCCUAGUCCUGGGCAUGAUUAUGAUCGGGGUGAUCAUCGGCUCCAGGAAGAUGGGGAUCAAUCCUGACAACGUGGCCACGCCGAUCGCUGCCAGCCUGGGGGACCUCAUCACGCUGGCUCUGCUCUCAGGGAUCAGCUGGGGCUUGUACAAGGAGCUGGAGAGCAAAGCCUACGUGAACCCCUUGGUGUGCGCCUUCUUCCUGUCCCUGCUGCCCAUCUGGAUCAUCAUUGCCAGGAGGAACUCUGCCACCAGGGAGGUGCUCUACUCGGGCUGGGAGCCUGUCAUCAUCGCCAUGGCCAUCAGCAGCGUCGGGGGGCUCAUUUUGGACAGGACGGUGUCGGACCCCAACUUUGCUGGGAUGGCAGUGUUCACCCCAGUCAUCAAUGGUGUGGGUGGCAACCUGGUGGCAGUGCAGGCCAGCCGAAUCUCCACCUACCUGCACAUGAGUGGGGAGCCUGGAGACAGCCCUGGCACGGCCCCUCGGAAGUGCCCCAGCCCCUGCAGCACCUUCUUCAGCUCAGACGUGAACUCCCGCUCUGCCCGCGUGCUCUUCCUGCUGGUGGUGCCCGGGCACCUGGUGUUCCUCUACACCAUCCACUCCAUGCAGGGGGGACACACCACGCUCACCCUCAUCUUCAUCGUCUUCUACAUGACAGCAGCGCUGCUCCAGGUGCUGAUCCUGCUCUACAUCGCUGACUGGAUGGUGCACUGGAUGUGGGGCAGGCACCUGGACCCCGACAACUUCUCCAUCCCGUACCUGACAGCCCUGGGGGACCUGAUUGGGACGGGGCUGCUGGCCCUCAGCUUCCACGUGCUCUGGCUCAUCGGGGACCGCGACUCCGAUGUGGGGGAUUAAACCUCCCUGCUCCUCCCUUCCCACAGCUCUCCUCCUUCCAGUUGUUGUUUCUUUGCUUCCCCCUCCUGUCCUGCCACCCCCUCCCCUGGAAGAUUUCACCUUUGAUACUGGAUUCUCAUUAUUUUCAAUGGGAAUUUUACCUGGUUUAUAUUUCAAGCCGAGUUUGUAAAAAAAGAAAAAAACCUUAUCUAGUUUUGGGAAGGAGGGACGAACAAACGAACAAAAAGUG